AUGUCUGGUUCUCUUCAGCUCUACGAAUUCUCCGGUUCCGUCUGGUCCAACGCCCCCAAGAUCGCCAUCGAGGAAGGCGGCUUCAAGAAGGGUCAGGACUAUGACUACAUCACCAUCAACCUUGCCGAGGGUGCCAACUUUGACCCCUAUUACCUCAAGAUCAACCCCGCCGGUACUAUCCCCACUUUGAUCGUCGGCAAGGACACUUUCACCGACUCUAUUAGCUCGGUCGCCGAGAUCAACAAGCUCGCUCCCAACAAGCCCAAGGGCAAGGUCAGCGGCGGUGCGGGCUUCAUCGAGGAGAUCCAUGGCGCUGCCAUUGACCCCAACGCUACCCUUUUGCUCGCUACCGACGACAAGGACAGGGAGGUCAAGUCGAACGGGCUUCAAAAGGCCUUCUUGGCCGGCAGGCAGAAGGCUCUGAAUCAAUUCUCUCAGAGCCCUCCCGCAGAGUUCAAGGACUUUUUGAACAAGAAGCGUGAGGACAACCUCCAGCUUUUGGACUUUUACACUGGUGCCCCUGACGAGCAAACCCGCAAGGCGCACUACGCCCAAGGCCAGCAGCUCUGGUCUUCUGUCGGUGCCGCUCUCCAGGGUUUCGUCGCCGACGCCCUCACCAAGAACCACCAGGGCCCUUACGUGGGCGGCUCCGAGCCCUCUGAGGCCGACUUCCACUUGAUCACCUGGCUCGCCAGGACCAUUACCAACGCCGGCGUUGAACCCGGAACCAACGCCGACGACGCCAUCAAGCAGCUGCAGGCCAAGACUGGUGCUUCCUCUUUCGACGACUCCAUCAAGCUCUACUGGGAGACUUGGGCCGCUAGGGACAGCUUCAAGAACGCUGGUGUUCACUAA